CGGGCGCAGGCGCGGUACCGCUCCUGGCCGGGCGGCGGGAGGUUGGAGCGAACGCGGGCAGCGGGAGCUGCUCCCACCGGGCCCGCCGGGCUUCUCCGCGCUUCACCCGCGCUCCGGGGCCUCGUGGUCCCCGAGGGGCCUCCCCUCGUUCUGCAGCCGCUGCGGGUCUGUGCAGUGGCACCGUUUCUGGGGUGCCUCAGGGCCCCCCGGGGUGCAUCCUCUGAACGGGCUCCUCGGGCCUGUGUCUUUGUCUCUGGGUUGCCCAGCCUUCGUCCCGCUUCUCUGGGGGUGGAAAGCUGGCUGGGGAAAAGUUUUAUUGAGUGUUAGUAGAGCCUUCAGUUGAGAAAGUGAAAGGAGUGCGUGUUGUUGUGUAACGUACUUAUAAGCAGGAAAACUGAGGACGUAGCUUCAUAGACUUGCCCAGAGUGAAAAAUCAAAGAGCCAGGAAGCCAGGGUUGCUGGGUUAUUAAGGCGUUGGCAUACUGAAGCUUUGGCAUUUUUCACCUCUGAAGAGGAAGCCCCCCUCGUGCCGUCUCGUGUUGCCCAGUCGCUUGUUUGCAGGAUUUUAUUCCUGAGAGGCUUCUGUUCCAAAACUCCUAAUUGCAAUUUGCAGGUGAGCAGAGGUGUAGCUGUCGAUUUUCCAGCUGCAUUCUGGUCAUUAGCAGAGACUGCUGUCCAUCUCGAGAUGGAAGAACCAGUGCUAGAUAAAUUGCCAUCUCUGUGUGAUACUCCAAAGGAUUCUGGAGCAGCACCUCCACGGGGGACUAGUUCAGGGAAACAGCAAAUGAGUGCAGCUCUGAGGGAGCGAUUACGGAAAACAAGACGUUCCUUUAAUGCCAAUUUUACAGCGGCAAAGCGGCUCAAAAUAGACACUGAAGAAAAAGACUGCGCUGAUGCUGACACAGGGUGCCUGCCAAUGACAAGUAAAGAUUGUUCCAGAUUACAAGAUGGUCCUGAAGACCUUGAAAGAAACAGCACUGCACAUACAUGUUUCAGAAGUCCCUCACGAGAGAGUGAUCCCAGUGGAUCAGCAGAGAAUUCAGAUGUGCUACCAGUUGAUCUUGGUCAGCAACUGUCCCUGGAAGAAAAAGUAAGGCUGGUGAAACAAGUGCAAGAGAAGGAAGAAUUACUUCGUAGGCUCAAACUGGUGAAGAUGUAUCGAUCCAAGAACAACCUGUGUGAACUGCAGGCUUUGAUAGUGAAAUGGAGAAGCAGCACCCAGCUGAUGCUGUAUGAACUACAGUCGGCCUUUUCUGCAGAUGGCAAGAAAGUGAGUCUCACUCAGCUGAUCGAUACUUUUGGAUUAGAAGACCAGUUAUUGCACUACAGCAGAACAGAAGAAGAUUUUAUAGAUGCAUAAUCUACAAUUGCAAAGCUUUUAUUAGACACAAAAGCAGAAAAGACCAAGUGAAUUCUGAUCAUGUCAGAAGUGUUGAUGAGGCAGUGGACUUGAUGCUUUGGGGUUAGGAGGUUUUCUCCAGAGAAACUUGUAAAGCUUUGUACUUAGAUACAGUAGGCACUGUAAAAGGCAUUACUUAUUGGAAAAGAUCAAACUUUUAGUGUUUUGGAGAACCUGGCUUAAUGACUUGGUCAGUUAAUUUUUAUUUAAUAAAAAUAAAAUGAGAUCGUACUUUAA